UCAAACGGUCCACAAAGCCGACACCAGCCGAAACUCUCCAGUUACUCCCGAUCCGAUCCCAUUGAAGUGUGUUGUUGGGGGUGAUGGGGAGGACGAGAUUCAUGAAAUAAAUAGGGCUAAACAAAAAAAAAAAAAAAAAAGACUAUUUCCAGAAAGCUUCCCUCCUGAGCCCCUCCCUCUCCGCUGCUUUUCGGCUUUUCGGCUUGGCAAAGUGACACACUCUUCAGGAUGAAAGUAAUCAGCUCUGCAGUGCUCAGCGCCCUGUUCUGCACCGUUGUGUCAGCAUCUUCAAAAGUCAAAGAGGAGCACAGGACAGCCUUCUUUGGGGAGGACAUUCACAUCGCUGUCCCGCCUGGGAACGUCGGCGAGGUGGUGUUCAAACCCAGAACAAAUGUCCUCGCUGAGGUGGAGCUGAUGCGAGAAGGAAAGGUGGUGAAUCCACGGUGCCGCAUCAACUCUCUGGGCCACCUGGUGCUGGAGGACGUGAAGGAGGAAGACGAGGGCGUGUAUGUCAUCAAGACCUCCAACAACUCCAACACAGCCAAGCACCUCAUCCUCAUUGUCCGAGACUGCGCAGUGGAACAAGUGGUGAAGUACGGAGAAACUUACACCAUCCAUCUCAACCAAGUGGAGGGCCCCAUCACCCUGGAGUUCAGGCCAAGUCUGGUUCAGCCCAAUCAGACUGAGGUCCAUCAUGCAAUGGAUGAGUCUCCACCCGUGGUGCUGUACAACCAGACGGCGGUGACUGCAGAGGAAUAUGUGAGGCGCCUCAGCGUGUCAGAGAAACGGGUGACACUGCACCCUGUCAGGAUGACUGACGAGGGGAGCUUUACGGUGCUGGACCGGGAGGGCAAAGUGAGGAGGAGGAACUGUCUGAACGUCAGAGCGCACCAGAUCUUCAUGAAACUCGCCUAUGGAGCAAACUUGAAAAUGAAACUCUACCUUCAUUACUCCAACCUUAACAUCGUCUACAUGCCCAAAUCAGACAACCGGCCCCGUGUCAUCCUGGACCAGGGGGUUCUGGUGACCCAUCUGGACCCCAUGCUGGAGGGCAGGCUGAGCGUGGAGGGAUCGGAGCUCAUGAUGAAGAAACUCCAUGUGGCCGACAUCGGUGUCUUCAUGGUGACCGACCUGGAUGGGUUGCUUGUGGCUCAUGUUUACGUCGAGGUGGAAGCCUAUAAGCUGCCUCCGCUGACUGUAGCCAUACUCUCCCUGCUGGGCCUGAUUGCCUUCAUGCUGCUGGUCUGCCUGCUGUCCUGUCUCUUUAAAAUGCACAAAAGGAACGAGAAGAACAAGAAGCUGAUGCUCCUCGCUCAGCAGGGCAGCAAGGGAGACGGCGAUGCUUUCAGACAGGUGGUCCAUGACGCAUACACAAGGUUUGCUGAGGAGUCUCUGAUGCAGUCUGUGAGUGAUAAGACCCCGGACACCACAGAGGUCACCAUCAAGGGCCUCGAGGUGUCCAAACCAGGACGCUACCAGGCUCUGACCUCGGACACCUUCCUGGAGAUGAGCGACUCUGGGGUGGAGUUCAGUCACUCGGGCCUCCCGCUGGACAGCGACACUGACGCUGCCAUGACCUACGCCUCCCACAAGCCCCUUCUGAACGCCAUCUCCCCAACAGCCAUGACAGCGGGGGUUUUCCCGGACAGCCUGGAGACCACCUUGACCACCCACGGCGAUCUCACCGCCAGCCGGACCCCCGACUCCGUCCUCAGUGCCAGCCCAGCCUCAAAUCCUCGCUCGCUCGCUGCUGCCACCCCAGACGGCAGCAUCGGCGGUGCUGCGUCGCCCGGAGCCGCCUCUAGGGGCACCGCUGGGUCGGAUUCAACCAAGACAGAAGGAGGGGCUGAGGGUGAAGAGGCGGGGCAGAAGGAGGGAUCAUCUCCGAGCACCUGAGAGGAUUCACCAGUCUAUUUUUUUAAUCUUGUUGGUUCCUAUACAGAUAGACAUCUACACCCCUUCUGGCUCUGCAUUUCCAGGAACUCCAUCAUAUCCAAACAUCACCAAGUCCUCGAUCACUGCAUCUGAAACACAAUACACAGACUAAAUACUCACGCUUGGAUCUGGAUUUCAGUUAAGCCCAAAAGAAAAUAACAAAAAUGGGGCGGCUGCACAAAAUGUAUCGCACUAAACGAGAUGCAAAAGAGAAACCCCACGCUCAGUCCAAAGAAGAACAAAGCAAUUCUGUGCAUCUGGAAACAUGCAUGCAUUUAAAUUAGCGUAGUUAUUGUAGUUCAGAGCUGCAGGAAAUGCUGACCUUAGAGUAGAUCGAAUGCAUGCAGGCUUCUGUUGGUCCAAGAAGCUCAGGCUCAAAGAAGUCAUGGUGUGGAACGUGUAAAAACACUCUCAGCACUUUUAGGAAAACACUUAAAGGAGAUCAAAUGAUUUAAGCCCCCGUUGAAAGGUUGUCAAAACGAUUACACGAGUUUGACAGUUUGACGGCAGAGUGAAGACGCUGCAGGAAUCGCUACCACCAACAACAGCAGAUAGGAUCUCCUGUUUUGGAAGCGGAUCUCGGUGUGUUGCCCCUGACAGCACUUUUGUCUGCUCUCGCUGCAUCAGACAAACACUGCGAUGAUUGCAUUUCAUCCCACCCACUCACAAGACUCUAUUAUUAACAGAACAAGUCUGUCAGGAAGCGUCUCCGCCUCUCAGGAAGAGCUGCUUGUCUCAGCACUUGUUCAAUACCACCCCGUGAGAAAAAAAAACCUGGACUUACACCUCCUAAAAAAAACGCCCUGCAAGCUGAAACAAGCGCUAUAGAUCUAAUACCCUGACUUAAGCGCCGUUAUUGUUUUCCUGCCUGGUAUAUCUCGGGUGUCAGAUCUGCCACAUUCGAAGGCGUCAUGUAAAGAAAUCCCAUCAAAACUUCCACCACUUCUUCCUCCUGCUAAUGAUGAAUGAUAAAACCCCACAGCAGCGACAGCUAACUAUAGACUCGUUCUCGUUUGUUUUUGUUUCGUCCCCCCCUGUGGAGUUGUCACGAGCCCUGUCAGAGCAGCAUGAAUUCAGCUUCCCCACACAUCUUGGGACUUCUGGAUCCGCUCCGUAAUUGGAUUCCCGGUCUCCUCGCGUAUAGGGACGGAUUCACGGACGCUGCGGAGUGAGGAGCGGUGAUAAAAGAGACGACAGAGAUGGAACAGGGUUACUAUUUUGGGGAGCAGAUAAAUGACAUGCAUGAUUUAAAGCCUUCUAUUUUCAUCUCAACCCCGCUUUUACGAUGGACGGAGCUCUGAUGGUCGGAGCCCAGUUGUUUGGCAAAAUGAAGUGAGCGGGGAAAACGCAGUCGAAUCAAUCUCUGAUAACGCUGCAGCGCCGACGGAAUAACAGUGAUUAUAACUGCUGUGUGUGUGUGUGUGCAUGUGUGUGAGGAUUAAGGGCUCACACAAAGCGAGACAUUCACUUCACUGCACGGAAAUGAUGCCUUUCAAUCCACAAAACAUCCGACGUCAACAUCCCUCAAUUGAGAGUUCAAGUAACCGUUUCUGAGUCCACACAGAUCCAGCUGGUGCUUCGUCACUUUGGUGCUACUACCAACAGCACCAGGAAUAAUAAUACAAAGAUAAAUCUCGCACAUUUAAGAAAAUGAGAAAGUUCAAAUGUUCAGUUAGAAUGAAUCCAGCUGCAGGUAACGCCUCUCAUUUAGUCAAGGGUGUUCAGAUAUUUUAAAAAACAUUAAUUAGUUUAAUUUAUGAGUUUUAGCGAGUAGGAAGGGAGCUUCAAGAUGACAGAUGUUGAUUUAAAUCUGCAGUUCCACAUUUUUUAAUGAUGAUUUUUCAGUGAUAUUUAUGGUCUUGGAGCUCUCGGGUAUGCCUCGGUCUCGCUGAGUGUGGUCUUGACUACAACACUACGAAGAGUCAGCAGAUAUAGCCACACGUUUGCAUCAGUACACACAGCAACAUCGGACAACCACGAUCUUUACUUCACGCUGAAGCUGAAAUUACGUCGACAUGGAAAGCCUUCCUUUAAAGCGGCAACAUGGACGUUAAGAGUCAGGACGAGAAAAGCACACGAUCGAUCACGUUUCAAAGAGGUUGAAGCACGUGUAUGGAUCUGCAAAAAAUCUCAACCCUAAAGAGCUCCUUUAAUAUUCAGGAAAAUGUAGUUUGUAUUGAGUUAUUUUUUGCAGAGGUUAGCUGGGCAUCAUGAGUGUGUGGAAGACUUGCACUCCCUUCUUACAUGUCAUUGAAUUAUUGAUCUGUGUGGCUGCUUUAUGGGGCAGUGCUGCAGAGAUUUCUUGACUUAAUCAGAUAUUUAUAUUACACAGAGAGUACCGAUCAGGCUUCUUAAAGGGACUUUAAGUGUGACGCAAAAUGUCUGUAGCUUUGUUAAGAAAGGACGAUAACUGGAUGACAAAAACAUGGUAAAAUGUUUUCACUCAAUCUAAAGCAAUAUUAACCAUAGUGGCACUAAGACAUCACUCAAAUCCCCCACUCAAAAAAAAGACUCUGAAACAUCUCAAAUCACUCUUUAUCGUUCUUUUCCACUGUUGUAAAUAUUUAAGAUGUAUGAUCUGCAUGUGUAAAGUGUGAAAAUACUCGUGUGUUUCUUACUGCAAUGCUUAUGCAAGAUUUGAUACUAUCCAACGCUGCUUCCUACCGUUAACCACACAUCCACCCGUAGGUAGAAAAACUUAACACGAGGAGAAGGAGAGGUCGGAGGGUUCAAAGACUCUCUGUUUUUUUUUUUUCUCAUGUCAUGUUUACGUGUCUGAGUCACAGAGGCGCUGUGUGAAAUCCUUUCAUCAAAACUUACUUCAGCUGGGCUUCUGCCGUGCAAACACUCCUCCGGGCUGCGGUGUUCAACACAUAAACAGCUGCUGUUUUAUUUAACCAGGUAAAUUAUUUAGAUUUGUCAUUUGAGGAACUGACAACAAUGCAGCAGCCAGUAUGUCCUCCUUCUAUGUUUAGAUUCUGCUCCUGAAUGCUCUGGAUUUGUUUGGACCAGAGGAGGUAGACGGUUUUAAGGCACCCCCCACAAAGAUGUGGGUUAGGGUUAGGGUUAGAGAAGAAGAACCAAAGGACUUUUCCAAACUGAAGAAAAUAAGUUUGGUUUAAAAAAAUGUGUAAGAAAUCCCAGAAGUCUGCCACAAUCGCUUUAUUACCCUGAACGUUUGUGUCUUUAAUGAUACGAUGAAACCCAUGAAGAUGCAUCUACCAUCCAGCCUUCAUGAAGUGCUUAAUAUGUUGGAGAAACUGUCAGGAAACCCCAGCUGAGGAAGUCUUUGUGAAAGGAUUUCACCUUCUGUCAUUCAUUCUGAUGUUUGUGUUCCCUGCAUGUGUGUGUGUGUGUGUGUGUGUGUGUGUGCAGGAGGCGAUUUAAUAAAAUAUUCUCUCAGUUCUCACAGAUUCAAUCUUUCUUAAUCUAAUGUUCCCUGUGACUGCAGAAAAUCUGGUAAAAAAAAACCAUGAAAUGAUGCCUGCAGGGUCACAGUUUAUUAAUAUCUGUGAUUAUAACGGAUCAGAGGUCGCUAUCACGCAGAACAUCACAAGAACUGUCGGCUCUGGUUUCUGACACUAAGAUUAAUUAACUUUGAUUCUCUCUGGUGUUACUCGGCGACUCUUGUGAUUCAAUUUGAGAUCAGCUUUAAGAAUAAGAGACUCGAAAGUUGAAAUAAUUUGCAUUUUGUCUCGUGUUCAGCAGCACUUCUCCUCUGUGCCACACUGAGAAUCCCUCCUGAAUGCAUUUUACUCGUAUCUGCUCGAAAAAACGUUUUUUUGUAUCAUCCGCUCCCACCGCAAUGCUCGCAGCACCUGAGAAUGUUUUUUAUACCAGAAAAACAAAAAUCCUAACAAAUGAUUUUCAUAUAAUCUAUGUGUUUACUGUCAUCCUGAGAAUAAUAAUAAAAAAAAAAAAAAAACACCUUUGAAUGAUUGAA